UCUCAUGUCAGAUUUCCAUUACGCGCAGUGGAACAGUGGAAGAGUGGAACGGGGGAGUGCGCUCCUCUCCUCUCCUGUGCUGCAGGAGUCUCUCUGACUGAUGAGGAUUGGACGACGACCCGCGCGCAAACACGGAUAUUUAUAGACUUUAACAACUUCAAAUUAAACACUCGACUUCUCCUGUGUGUCUAAAGUGCUCUCGUGUCCACAUCAGCAUGUCACGGCUCGCGUCACGGCGUUGCUCCGCGCGCAGGGGAGCGCGUCGCCCCAAAAGUUCAGGACUCCCUCGUGUGACUCGCUUUUGAUUUUUGCUUUGCUUUGUGCUUCUCCCUUUGCUGGAGGAUUUUUUUUCCCCCUCAAGUGAACACGGGAAUGUGCGUUCCCAUCAUGGCCGCUGCACCCUGAGGGGAGAUGGAUUUGGAGGUGAAGGAUGUGAACUGCUCCAGGACUGAGAGCGGCUGCCAGCUGAGCGAUUCCUCCGGCGGAGUGUCCACUGCGCUGGCCAGCGUGCUGAUCUUCACCAUCGUGGUCGACAUCCUGGGCAACGUGCUCGUCAUCAUGUCGGUGUACAGGAACAAGAAGCUCAGGAACGCAGGUAACAUCUUCGUGGUGAGCUUGUCUGUUGCAGACCUGGUGGUGGCACUGUACCCAUACCCUCUGGUCCUGACUGCCAUCUUCCACAACGACUGGACAAUGGGCGACCUGCACUGUCAGGCCAGUGGCUUCGUUAUGGGCAUCAGCGUCAUUGGCUCCAUUUUCAACAUUACCGCUAUCGCCAUCAACCGCUACUGCUACAUUUGCCACAGCCUGCACUACGAUCGGCUGUACAGCGUGAGGAAAACCUGCUGUUACCUCGGCCUCACCUGGCUACUCACUGCCAUCGCCACAGUGCCAAACUUCUUUGUGGGCUCGCUGCAGUACGACCCUCGCAUUUACUCCUGCACCUUUGCACAGACUGUCAGCUCCUACUACACCAUCUCAGUGGUGGUGAUUCACUUUUUGAUCCCUCUGCUUGUUGUGUCCUACUGCUACAUGAGGAUAUGGGUGCUGGUGAUUAAAGUGAAACAUCGAGUCAAACCUGAGCAAAGGACCAGACUGAAACCAAGCGACGUGAGGAACUUCCUGACUAUGUUUAUGGUCUUUGUCUUAUUUGCCGUGUGCUGGGCGCCACUAAACCUCAUAGGCCUGGCCGUGGCAAUAAACCCUGUGAAAGUCGCCCCGAAUAUACCGGAGUGGCUUUUUGUCACAAGUUACUUCAUGGCUUACUUCAACAGCUGCCUCAACGCCAUUAUAUAUGGGUUACUAAACCAAAACUUCCGCAAAGAAUACAAAACCAUCCUCCUAGCCCUUUGCGUGCCGCGUUUGUUGAUCAUGGAGACCUCCAGGUGUGCCACAGAGGGACUAAAGAGUAAACCCUCACCUGCUGUAACAAACAACAAUGUAGCAGAGAUAAAUGUAUAAAGUUAUGUGUUACUGGGUAAGUGGAUGUGGUUCCCCAGUGCCUUUUCAUCACAAUUAUUUCCAUGUAUACUCAGGUGUCACCUUAACAUAUUCCCUCUCAGCUCAUCUCUCAAAGCUCUCCCAAAUUUCUAACACAUGACAAAGGGUUUGCUAAAUUGAUAUAUAAGCUUAAUGCACUCCCCGGAUCCUCUGUUCCAAACCUGAACCUUGGAACACAGGACCCAUGGGACUCUGAACCAUGGGAAGAAACGCAAGCAUCAUUGGAAGUCAUGUACACAAUUUAUGAACUUUGAGCUUAUAGGAAGAAAGUUCCCUCUGGUGAGGCAAUGAAUCAUCAGAGAGGGGAAAGAUCUUCUGGACUCCUUUCUUGACACGACCCGAAUUGAAAUUGCCAACGAAUCCACUCAUUUCCUUCCCAGUACUUUGUGUUCCACCGUCACUGCACUGGCGGUACAAGAGGUCCAGAGAUUUAAUAUAUAUAUAUAUAUUGACAGCACUCAACUUUAAAAAAUAACUUCAUUGAAUCCUCUAAUUUAUCAUCCAAAAAAAAAAAGGAAAUCUAUAUUGUCUGUUUUUUGGUGGGAGACACUCAUGUGUACAUCACAGGAAUGAAUCACUGCCUCUUUGCACAAGUCAGUUAUGAGUAAGUCAAAAAUUGUAAAAAUAAACGGUAUUCUAAUGCUA